AUGGCUUCUCACGAGGCAGUCGGCGAGAAACCAGCAGAGUCACUGCCGCUGCGAGCAACAAAGGACUCCCCCUCUUUUGAUCGCCAUACGUCCAACGAGCUCACAAACGCUUCUGGGCACAAGCAAGAGCUGGGGCGAAAUUUUUCGUUACUCAAUAUAUGCGGCAUCGCUGCUACGACGGGCAACUCUUGGACGGCAAUAGGCGGCAGCGUGGCUAUUGCUAUCUACAAUGGAGGACCCCCUGGUGUCAUAUAUGAGUUCAUCGCUGUAUCGGUAUUCUACUGGCUGAUCGCAGCAUCCAUUGCCGAGCUGGCAUCGGCGAUGCCAUCUUCGAGCGGAGUAUACCACUGGGCAACCGUAAACGCCGGUCGAUACGGACGCAUCUUUGGCUGGUUUGCUGGCUGGUGGAACUUUUUCGCCUGGAUCUUCGGCGCAGCCUCCAUGUCCUCCAUUGUCGCAAACCAGACUGUCAGCAUGUACAGCCUGUUCCAUGUCGACUUCAAAGCGCAGCCAUGGCACGUCUUUGUCAGCUACAUGAUUUGCACCUGGAUCUGCUGUGCCAUUGUUCUCUUCGGCAACAAAGCUCUUCCUGCUCUGGGAAACAUUGGGCUGUUCUUCAUCAUCUCUGGCGUCUUGGUCACAAUCAUUGUCUGCGCAGUGAUGCCCAGCGUCAACAACACCCCGUACGCCUCCAACAAAGACGUGUGGCAGCAGUGGACAAACGAAACCGGAUACUCGGACAACGGGUUUGUUUUCGUCGCCGGCAUGUUGAAUGGUGCCUUUGCCGUGGGCAGCACCGAUUGCGUUGCGCAUCUCGCAGAGGAGAUACCCGAGCCGAGUCGCAACAUCCCGAAAGCUAUGGCCGCGCAGUACAUCAUCGGUUUCACUACAGCAUUUGUCUACAUGAUUGCAAUUUUUUACUCGAUUCACGACCUUCCUGGUGCCCUCAGCUCAACGCCGAUAUUUCCUCUCGCAGGCCUGUAUCAUCAAGCGACGGGCACACGAAGCGGCGCACUAGGUUUACUCGUCAUUGCCUUCAUUCCGACUUUUAUUACUGCCAUUGGCUGCUACAUUACGGCAGGUCGCACAUUCUGGACCUUGUCCCGCGACAACGCCACGCCAUUCAGCCGUGUCUUUCGCCAGAUCCACCCCCGGUUUCACAACCCAUUCAAUGCGACGCUCCUCUGCGGUGGCAUCUGCACAAUCAUGGGGUGCAUCUACGUGGGUUCGACGACAGCCUUUAAUGCAUUUGUCGGGUCCUACAUCAUCCUUUCCACUCUUUCAUAUCUCACUGCCAUUCUUCCGCAUUUGGUCAAUGGUCGCUCAAAGCUGACGCCUGGGUGGUUUUGGAUGGGGGGCCCAGUGGGGUUCAUCGUGAACGCCAUUGUUUGCGUAUACAUCCUGGCUUUCAUCGUCAUUUUCUGCUUCCCCUACUCAUUACCGGUGACAGCAUCGAACAUGAACUAUUCGUCGUUGAUAACAGGCGGAUUGUCCAUUUUUGUUUUGCUGUUCUGGUUCUGGCGGCGAGGGGAGUACGAAGCACCUCAGGUAGGAGCUACAAGGUGA